GCCUCAUGUUUUGGUAACAAAACAUCUUUGAGACCAAGGACUCAAGCGACAGAGAAAAAUGAAGGUCCUGUAUCAAACUGCCGGCCAGACUCUCACUACUCUGGGUAGUCUCAGUAUAUUUUCUGGAGUUAUUGCUUUCUUCCCCGUCUUUUCUUGCAAGUUUUGGUUCACAGGAUGGAGUGCAUGGAUUGCUUGUCCCAUCUGGAAUGGAUCUUUGGCCAUCACAGCUGGUGUACUUCUACUUUUGGCUUCCAAACAGUGGACACAGAGAUACCUGUGGGAAGCUUGUUUCACCUUUGUGAUUCUGAACAUUAUGGGAUGUCCACUUCAUUUUGCAAUAGCCUUGGAAUCUGCUCUCCUUGGCCCCUGUUGCUUCUACUCAUUUUCAGGGAUUGGUGGGACCAAUUACCUUGGUUAUGCAGUUGCCUUUCCUUUUCCAUAUGCAAAAUUCCCGUCGGUUUGUGUGGACCCACUCCACUAUGAAGAAUACCACCUGACACUUCAAGCCAUUGACUUGUGCCUGAGUUUUGCUGUGUUCUGCACAUCUCUGAUGGUGUUCAUCAAGUUUUCUGCAAGAAUUAUCCAGAAUGGACACAUCAUUGUAAGUUUCAACCAAAGGGAAGCUGGAGUUUUACUAAUAGCAAAGAGCAAAAUGGAAGGUUUCAUGCAGAAAUCUCUUUCUCCCUCUCUCUCUCUCUCUCUCUCCCCUCUCCUUUUCCCUUUUGUGUUUGCUACUAUAGCCUAUAUGACUGACACAUUAUGGGUGUGCAAUAAUUGUUUCUGAAUGGAUAAAUAGAAAUACAUUGAUGUGAUUUCACUUACAUAUGGCAUCUAAAAAAAAAGUCAAACUCAUAGAAUCAAAGAGUUGCUUAGUUGUCACCAGAAGCUAGGAGUGGGUGUGGGGGGUUAGGGAAACUUUGAUUAAAGAGUAAACUUUCAACUACAUUGUGAAUAAGUCCUGGGGAUCUAAUGUAUAGCAUCAUGACUAUAGCUAAUGAGACUAUAAUGUCUACAUAAAAUCUUCUAAGAGAGUAAAUCUUAAUUAUUCUCACCUCACACACACAC